AUGAUCGGCGAUGAAGCAACGCUUGCAACCGGCAAAUUUGAUGAUCAGCAAAAAUUUAUUGGUGUUCUCCUUUCCAAUUUCGAAAAAAAUUUCUAUUACGGCAGUACCACUCUAUCUCAAGGAAUUCAUAAAUUUCAAUCAGAUGGACAAUUUACAAUUUUCAUUAGUGGUUCUUUUUCAAAUGGAUCUUACGGCUAUACACCUGCUUAUAACGGUAUUUUUACUCCUGCAAAGGAACUUAUUUGA